AUGAACAAUGAACAGUUUCGGAAGCUGAUGCUGGCUAACUCGGCCAAGUCGUCGAAAGGGAAGGAUACCUCACCUACUCAGGCGGCUGGCUCGCGCGGAGGCUCGUCGCUGGGAUCGCGACAGAAAGCCAGCAUCCCAAUGACACCGCGCGCUGUAGGCAAUUCGCAGGUCGACUUUUCCAAGCAAAUGGCACAGCUCAAUCAGCAGGCGAACCCAACAAAACAGUUCAAAGCCGCGGUGCCGCGGGGUGUGAAGAUGGCUGCUGGCUACACCGACCGAUCGAAACAACGAGAAGACCAGGAUUCAAAAGCUGCUGAUGAUCGUGCCGAACGGCUUAAAGCGCUGGAGGAAUCUCUGAAGGACGAGGAAAUCGACAACGAGACCUACGAACGACUACGAUUCGAGAUUGCUGGCGGCGACUUGGAAAGCACACACUUGGUCAAGGGUCUAGACUUUAAGCUUCUCGAGCGAGUAAGGCGAGGCGAGGACGUUUACUCUGGGAAGAAGGACGAUGCAGAUGCUACACAAGAGGAGGACGUGGAUGUAGAUGAUGCCUUUGACCAGCUGGAAGGCCAGGAGGUGCAGGCGAUUGAGAAGGACAAGUUAGAGAAGAAAAAGGGCCAGCUGUCUACCGUGGCGCUGGCACCAGGAAAGAAGCGCACUCGCAACCAGAUUUUGGCCGACUUCAAAGCUGCGCGAGCAGCGGCCAAGGCACAGGCUGAACCGGCCUUGGGCGAUCGCUUCCGCAAGAUUGGUGCUAAGCAGAAGCCUGGCACGCGUAUCGAGCGCGACAGCAAGGGUCGCGAGGUCAUGAUUAUUGUGGAUGCAGAUGGCCAUGAGAAGCGCAAAGUGCGCAAGGCGCAGCCGGGCGACAGCGCGACGGACACCGACAACGGGCUGCUUAUGCCAGACAAGGAUGCGAAGCCACUCGGCAUGGAGGUGCCGGAACAAUAUCGUCAAAAGGCGCCUGUUGUUGAAGAAGAAGAGGAUGUUGAUAUUUUCGACGAUGUUGGAGACGAUUAUGAUCCUCUUGCGGGUAUGGGUGAAUCUGAUUCCGACUCUGACAGUGACACCCAGAAGGCGGCCAAGGACAAGGCAGAGGGCUCCGCGGCAGAGGGAUCGAUGCCACCACCGCCACCACCGCCAAGAGCGCCGACAAACUACUUCAAGGGUUCCAAGACGAGUCUACUCUCCGAGCAGGAGAACAAGGCACCGUCCAUGUCCGACCCCGCCAUGCUGGCUGCCAUCAAGCGCGCCGCCGGGCUCCGACCGCUCGACAAGCACGACGACGACUCGGACGGUGAUGACGACGACUCGGCUGCGCAAAAGGCCAAGGCGGACGCGGCGCGGCGCAAGAAGAUGCUGCAAAAUGAGGACCGCGACGCCGAGGACAUGGACAUGGGCUUCGGCACGAGCCGCUACGAGGACGAGGAGGACUUUGACGACGGCGGCAUCAAGCUCUCGGCGUGGGGCGACGAGGGCGGAGACGAGGAGGGCGGCGCGCGUGGCGGGAAGAAGAGGAAGCGCAAUCGGAAGCGUAAAGGGGAUGUGAAUAGCGCGGCGGAUGUGCUGAAGGUGAUGGAGCAGAGGAAGAAGUGA